AUGGUAGAGAUCUGGGGGAUGCUCCAGCAACUCAUUGGGACAAAUGGUAAGAUGCAAGAAAAGUUGGCAGUACAUGAUUCAGCUAUAAAGAACAUUGAAACUCAGUUGGGGCAGUUGUCUAUGGCUUUAAACAACCGCCCCCAGGGAACAUUGUCAACGAACACAAAUAUUAACCCCAAGGAGCAAAACCCGAAUCAGCUGAUGGCAGUAAGUCUCCGAAAUGGGAGAGAUUUAGACAAAGAGCAGGAGGUUGCACAAGCCAACAAAGACACUACGCUAGCCACUCCAAUUCCACUAGAGGUAGAUGAACCAUCAAAUCUGACUGAAGUGGUAGUUGAACAGGGUCAAGAUGAAAAGGGUAAGGCUAAGGUAAAUGAACAAGUUGCAGAACAGGUGGUGCCUCUCGUGCCACAGAACCCCAACAGAGAGAAGCCAGCAAAUAGUGCACAAAGGGUGAGACCUGCACCAUUCACUCAGAGACUGUUGAAUAUUCCUUUGAUAGAUGCCUUGAGGGAGAUUCCAGGUUAUGCGAAGAUGAUGAAAGAUCUAAUGUCACGGAAGUUAGAUUUUCAGGACCUAUCCACAGUGACUCUAACGCAGACCUGCAAUGCAGUAGUGACCAAACCGAUGGCUCAAAAGAUGUCAGACCCAGGUAGCUUCACUAUUAAAUGCACGAUUGGGAGUUAUGCCUUUGCAAAGGCAUUAUGUGAUUUGGGAGCCAGCAUAAAUUUGAUGUCUCUGGCUGUAUACACCAAACUGGGCAUUGGCAGAGCUAGACCGACUUCGAUGCUGCUGCAGCUGGCUGACCGCACGGUAGAUGAGGAGAAACCUAUCAUUUUAGGUAGGCCAUUUUUGGCCACUGGGAGAGCACUGAUCGAUUAUGAGACUAGGGAAUUAAAAAUGAGACUGAACGAUGAAGAAGUCAUAUUUAAUGUUCAGCAAUCUAUGAGGAGACCUAGUGAAUAUGCUAAUUGCUCUCUAGUGGAGGCAGUGGAUGUGAUCCUGCAAAAAGAUGAUGUGACCCUGAAUACUAAAGAUCCAUUGGAGGCAUGUCUGACAAAUUUAGAAGAGAUGGAUGGUGAAGGGUUAGCUGAGUGGGUCAUGGGACUUGAAGGACAAGGAUUCUGGAAAAGGGAACCUCAGUUCGAGUCCCUUGAGUUAGAAAAAAGGGCUACACCUCUAGCAAAGCCAUCAGUAGAGGAACCACCCAAGCUGGAGCGGAAGCCGCUCCCAGCUCACCUUAGGUACAUUUUCUUAGGCCCUGAUUCUACUUUGCCUGUUAUUAUAUCAUUCAGUUUGCUAGAUGUGCAGGUAGAACAGCUCUGA